AUGCCAUCGAUACCGAUAAGCAACUACUUUUUACAGGGUGAUCAUGUCUGGGUCGAUCAACGUACCGGCAGCGAGUUCAAUGUCGAAAUUGGUGCUCGUGUGGUCGCUACACAAGCCGGACAAAUUAUUUUAGUUGAUGAUAAUGAACAAGAACUUCAUUUUCCUAUUCAAACUAAAUUUCGUCCAAUGCAUAUUAGUUCUGUCGAAGGUGUUCAUGAUAUGAUUUUAUUAGGAGAUCUUAAAGAAUCUGCUAUACUUCAUAAUCUUCAUAUGCGUUAUAAAGAAGAUAAUAUUUAUACUUAUACAGGAUCAAUUUUAGUUGCUGUUAAUCCAUAUAAAUUAUUAAAUAUAUAUAAUAUUGAAUAUAUUCGUCAAUAUUCAAAUGCAAAAAUAGGUGAAUUACCACCACAUAUAUUUGCUAUUGGUGAUAAUGCUUAUUGGAAUAUGCAACGUUAUCAACAUGAUCAAUGUAUUAUUAUAAGUGGUGAAAGUGGUAGUGGAAAAACUGAAUCAACAAAAUUAAUUUUACAAUUUUUGGCUGCAACAAGUGGACAACAUUCAUGGAUUGAACAACAAAUACUUGAUGCUAAUCCAAUACUUGAAGCAUUUGGUAAUGCAAAAACAGUUCGAAAUGAUAAUUCAUCUCGUUUUGGAAAAUAUAUUGAUAUACAUUUUGAUAGACGAGGUGCUAUUGAAGGUGCUAAAAUUGAACAAUAUUUAUUAGAAAAAUCUCGUAUUGUAUCUCAAGCACGUGAUGAACGAAAUUAUCAUGUUUUUUAUUGUAUGUUAGCUGGAAUGUCGAAAGAAGAAAAACAUAUAUUAGAUUUAACAACUGCUAGUGAUUAUGUUUACCUUAAUCAGCUUGAUGGAACUAUUUAUUGUGAUAGUCGAGAUGAUGGAAAAGAAUGGUCAACAAUAAAAAGUGCUUGUAAAGUUUUAAUGUUUACUGAAGAAGAAUUAAAUGAUAUUCUACGAUUAUUAUCAGUUGUUUUACAUUUGGGAAAUUUAAAAUUUCAAGCAACAACAACUCAAAAUAUGGAUACGUGUACAGUUGCGAAUAUAAAUGUACUUCGAAUUAUUUCGAAAUUACUUAAACUUGAUGAAAAUGGUCUUCGUGAUGGAUUAUUAAAACGUACAAUUUUUGCUCAUGGUGAAGCUGUUAUAACACCUCUUAGUCAAGAACAAGCUUUUGAUGUUCGUGAUGCAUUUGUUAAAGGAAUUUAUGGAAAAAUGUUUAUUUGGAUUGUUGAAAAAAUCAAUUCGGCAAUUUUUAAACCAAAAGAUCCAUCAGCAUAUCGAAAAAGUCUUGGUAUAUUGGAUAUAUUUGGUUUUGAAAAUUUUCAACAAAAUAGUUUUGAACAAUUAUGUAUAAAUUAUGCUAAUGAAAAUUUACAACAAUUUUUUGUUCAUCAUAUAUUUAAACUUGAACAAGAAGAAUAUAAUAAUGAACAUAUUAAUUGGAAACAUAUUUCAUUUGAAGAUAAUCAACGUAUACUUGAUUUAAUAGCAAUUAAAUCAAUGAAUAUAAUUGCAUUAAUUGAUGAAGAAAGUCGAUUUCCAAAAGGUACAGAUCGUUCAUUAUGUGAUAAACUUCAUGCAAAUCAUUCGAAAAAUGAUAAUUUUAUUCCAAGAAAAAUUGAUAAUAUUAUUAGUUUUGGUAUUCGACAUUUUGCUGGUAAUGUUUAUUAUGAUUGUGAAAAUUUUCUUGAAAAAAAUCGUGAUACAUUUAGUCAAGAUCUUAUGAAAUUAUUACAAGAAACAAAAAGUAAAUUUUUACGAAAUUUAUUUUUAAGUGAAUUUCAAAUUGGUACCGAAACACGUAAACGUGCACCGUCACUUGGUACACAAUUUAAAAAAUCACUUGAUUCAUUAAUGAAUAUAUUAUCUGCAUGUCAACCAUUUUUUAUUCGUUGUAUUAAACCAAAUGAAUAUAAAACACCAAAUAAUUUUGAUCGAGCAUUAGUUUGUCGACAAUUACGUUAUUCAGGAAUGAUGGAAACAAUAAGUAUUCGUAGAAAAGGUUAUCCAAUUCGUCAUUUAUUUCGAGAUUUUGUUGAUCGAUAUCGUUUAUUGGCAUCAAGUAUUGGACCAUCACAUAGUGAAGGUGAUUGUCGAUUGGCUGCAGAUAAAAUUUGUAAAACUGUUUUGAUUAAUCAAGAUUAUCAAAUUGGAAAAACAAAAGUUUUUCUCAAGGAUGCUCAUGAUGUAUUUCUUGAACAAGCUCGUGAAAAAGUAAUGGCUCGUAAAAUUCUUAUUUUACAAAAUUCUAUACGUCAAUGGAUUGCACAUCGACAAUUUCUUUCUAUACGUCAAAGUGUUUUACUUAUUCAACGUUAUUGUAAAAGUCAUCGUGAAGUAAAACGUUUUCAAAUAAUGUGUAAUGGUUUUACACGUUUACAAACACAAUUUCAUACUCGUAUGUUAACACUUCGUUAUUCUGUUUUACGUUCACGUAUACUUAAUAUUCAACGUUAUUGUCGUGGUUAUCUUGCUCGUCAAAAUUAUAGUCGAAAAUUAAAUUCAAUACUUAUUUUACAAUCUGAAGUUCGACGACAUAUUGCACAAAAACAAAUACGUCGUUAUCGUAUUGAAGAAAAAAUGUAUCGUGAAGCUGAACAAGAACGAUAUGAAGAAGAAAAACGUUUAAUAACAACAUUAGGUGUUAAACGUGCUAAAGAAGAAGCUGAAAGAAAAUAUCAAGAACGUUUAAAAUUUCUUGAAAAUGAAAUACAUGAACAAGAACGUCUUGAACAACAACGUGCUAAAGAAAAACGUUUAUUAAUGGAACGAAAAACUUAUACAGAUGAAAAUGAUUUAUUUAAUAAUAUGUUUCCAUCAAAUAAUGAUGAACGUACAACACCAAUACAUCGUCCAUCAACAAUUACAACAGGUGGUAUGCAAUCAACAUUAGGAAAUAUGCCACAAUUAAAUGAUAAUAUUGAAAGAAUUGAUAAACCAUUACCAUUACCUGAUCAAGAUGAAGAUUUAAAAGAAUAUACAUUUGCAAAAUUUGCUUCAACUUAUUUUCAAGGAAAUGCUACACCACAAUUUACAAAGAAAACAUUAAAACAACCAUUAUUAGCAAUUAAAUCUGAACGUGAUCAAUUGGCUGCUUUAGCUAUUUGGAUAACAAUUCUUCGAUUUAUGUGUGAUUUACCUGAUGUUCGUACACCAAAUGUAGGUCAUCAAAAACAAUCUGUAAUGACAAAAAUUCAUUCAACACUUGGUAGAAAAUUUAAUAAAAAAGAUUUGGAAGAAGCACAAAAAUUAAAUGAAUCAAUUGAUAAUCAACCAUCAUUAACACUUCCUGAUAAUUCAACAUCAAUAAUAUUAAAUAAUGGUUUAUCAUCAACAUCAAAUAAAACAACAUCACGUUCUGUAAAACAAAAAUUAGUUAAUAUGACAUUAAAACGUAAAUCAAAAUUAUCAACUGAUGUUGCUAUAACACGUUUAAAAGAUUUAGAUAUAUUAAGUUCAACACAACAAAUUAAAAUGUCUGGUAUGAAUCCAUUUUUAGAAGAUCGUCCAACAUCAAAUUUAGAAAAAUUACAUUUUAUUAUUGGUCUUGGUAUACAUGUUGCUGAAUUACGUGAUGAAAUUUAUUGUCAAAUAUGUAAACAAUUAACAUCAAAUCCAUCAUCACAAUCAAUUGCACGUGGUUGGAUUUUAUUAUCAUUAUGUGUUGGUUGUUUUGCACCAUCAUCAAAAUUAAUUAAAUAUUUACAAAAUUUUAUAUUAAAUGGUCCAAAUGGUUUUCCAAGAUAUUGUUAUGAAAGAUUAUCAAGAACAAUGAUGAAUGGUUUAAGAACACAACCACCAUCAUGGCUUGAAUUACAAGCAACAAAACAUAAAGAACCAUUAUUACUUCAAAUAACAUUUAUGGAUGGUAGUUCAAAAGCUUUAAAAGCUGAUUCAGCAACAACAGCACGUGAAUUAUGUGAUUUAUUAGCUGAAAAAAUUAAUUUAACUGAUAAAUUUGGUUUUUCAUUAUAUAUUGCAUUAUUUGAUAAAGUAUCAUCACUUGGUUCUGGUAUGGAUCAUGUUAUGGAUGCUAUAUCACAAUGUGAACAAUAUGCUAAAGAACAAGGUACAUUAGAAAAAAUAGCACCAUGGAGAUUAUUUUUUCGAAAAGAAAUAUUUGCACCAUGGCAUAAUCCACAAGAUGAUUCUGUAGCAACAAAUUUAAUUUAUCAACAAGUUGUACGUGGAAUUAAAUUUGGUGAAUAUCGAUGUGAAAAAGAUGAUGAUUUAGCAAUGAUAGCUGCUCAACAAUAUUAUAUUGAAUAUGGUCAAGAAAUGCAUAUUGAUCGUUUACGUGAAUUACUUCCUCAUUAUAUUCCUGAUAAUCAACUUGUUCAAAAUAAAGCAACUGAUCGUUGGUCACAAAUAAUAAUACAUGCUCAUAAACGUCAUUUUAAUAAUACAAAAGAUUCUAUAUCAAUUUUACGUGUUAAAGAAGAUGUUGUUAAUUAUGCACGAUUUAAAUGGCCAUUAUUAUUUUCACGUUUUUAUGAAGCAUAUAAAUUUUCUGGACCAACAUUACCAAAAAAUGAAGUUAUUAUUGCUGUUAAUUGGACAGGUGUUUAUGUUAUUGAUGAUCAAGAACAAGUUUUACUUGAAUUAUCAUUUCCUGAAAUUACACAAGUACUUAGUAGUAAAUCAUCUAGUAGACAACAAAGUAAUAGUUUUACAAUAAUAACAAUUAAAAAUGAUGAAUAUACAUUUACAUCAAAUAAUGCUGAUGAUAUACGUGAUUUAGUUAUUAAUUUUUUAGAAGGUCUUAAACGUAAAUCAAAAUAUGUUGUUGUUAUACAAGAUUUUGAUUCAUCAGGACAAGGUUUAUCUAUACGUCGUGGUGAUUUAAUUAUAUUAGAAGAUGAUACACGUACAAAUUCAACAGGUACUUUUUUUGGUUAUAAUGAACGUACAGGCUCAACCGGUGAAUUUCCGAGUGAAUGCGUUUAUAUAUUACCAACAUUAUCAAAACCACCACAAGAUAUUUUACAAAUAUUUGCAUUACAAUGGACUGAUAUUAAUCAACAACAAGCACAAAAUGAACAUUUAUUUUCAUUAAAUGGUAAUAAUAAUGGAGAAUUUUUACCUGAACAAGGUUAUACAUUAGAAAAAUAUGCUGAAAUAAAUUUUCGUUUACCACCUAAACGUACAUGGUCAAAUACAUUUUCACGACGUACCGGAAUGAAUAAUAAUGGUGAUCGUUUAUGGGCAUUUCAAAAAGAACCAUUAAGACAACCAUUAUUAAAAAAAUUACAAGAAAAAUUAGAAUUAAGUGAAGAAGCAUGUUCUUGUUUUAUGAAUAUACUUAAAUAUAUGGGUGAUUAUCAAACAGGUUUACGACGACGAGCAACAAAUGAAUUAACAGAUGCUAUUUUCGAUCCAGCACUUAAACAUGAAAUUCUUAAAGAUGAAAUCUAUUGUCAAAUUGUUAAACAAUUAACUGAUAAUGGUAAUCAAGCAAGUGAAUCUCGUGGUUGGGAAUUAAUGUGGUUAUCAAGUGGAUGUUUUGCACCAAGUGCUGUCUUACUUAAAGAAGUUAAUCUAUUUCUACGAUCACGUAAACAUCAAUUAGCUGUUGAUUGUUUUGCACGUUUACAACGAAUAUUAAAAAAUGGUCAACGUAAACAUCCACCACAUCAAGUUGAAGUUGAAGCAAUUCAACAUAUGACAACACAAAUUUAUCAUAAAGUUUAUUUUCCAGAUGAUACAUCUGAAGCAUUUGAAGUUGAUUCAUCAACACGUGCAAAAGAUUUUUGUCGUAAUAUAGCUGAUAGACUUAAAUUACAAUCAAGUGAAGGUUUUAGUUUAUUUGUUAAAAUUCUUGAUAAAGUUAUAAGUGUACCAGAAGGAGAUUUUUUCUUUGAUUUUGUUCGACAUUUAACUGAAUGGAUUAAAAAAACAAAACAACGUGAAGAUCCACCAAAAUAUACUUAUCAAAUAUUUUUUAUGAGAAAAUUAUGGACAAAUGCUGUACCAGGAAAAGAUAGAAUGGCUGAUAUUAUAUUUCAUUAUCAUCAAGAACUUCCGAAAUUAAUUCGUGGUUAUCAUAAAUGUUCGAAUGAUGAAGCUGUUCAAUUAGCCGCUUGUAUAUAUCGUGUUCGAUUCGGUGAUAGUACAGCUCAAUUUGAAAAUAUUCAAUUAAAAGAUUUUCUUCCAUCUGAUCUUGUUGAUAAACUUCCAUAUACUGAAUGGAAAAAGCGUAUUAUGACAACUCAUGGACAAUCACGUAAUGUAUCAUCAGAAGAUGCUAAAAUAAAAUUUCUUAAAAUUGUUUAUCAAUGGGCAACAUUUGGUUCAGCAUUUUUUGAAGUGAAACAAACAUCUGAUCCAACAUUUCCUGAACAGUUAUUAAUUGCAAUUAAUAAAAAUGGUGUUAAUUUAAUUCAUCCAAAAACAAAAGAUUUACUUAUAACAUAUCCAUUUACAAGCAUUUCAAAUUGGUCAAGUGGAAAUACAUAUUUUAAUAUGACUGUGGGUGAUAUUGUUCGUGGUACACGUUUAUUAUGUGAAUCACCAUUAGGUUAUAAAAUGGAUGAUCUUCUUACAUCUUAUAUUAGUUUAAUGGUUCAAACAAUGCAUCGUCAAUCGACAAAUGCAUCGACUCCACGACAAUAA